GCGUCAUAGCAGUAUCAAAAUAAGCGCCACUAAACCCUAUUGUCCACAAAUAACAACUUUGUUGCUGUUUUCCCCACUCAAUAUCUGAGGUAUUAAAAGCCCGAGAUCACAUUUCAAAUCACAAUGCCGACUCCGACGGCCGAUCCAGAAUUUCUCCUUCCCGAUCCUACAGUUCAACAGCGGCGGCUGCAAAAUACGACUCAAAACCAGACUGCAGCCUCGAGAUUGCAGGAUGCCUCUCGCUCGGCCGGGGAAUCCCGAAAAGAGGACCUGACUUCGGGGAUGACGCUACAGGAGUUCCUUCAGACUACAAUGGAUAAAGAUGGAAAUCCUGUGCCGGACCCAAAUGCUUUCACGGAUGGCGCCAAGAUGCAGAAAGGCAGUCGAGCGCUGGACGAGGCGGAUCUGGUCGAUGCCGCUUGGAGUGCUUUUGAUUAAGGUGGAGUUUUUGGCAUAUAUCACUACGAUGGUUUAAAAGCGUGUCAUGAUGAAGCAUCCAAUCUUUGUACAUCAUCGUUAUGAUCCGUUACGCUCAUUAGAAUGAUCGGUUUCAAUGUUACUUCCUUCUCUCUCGUCUCGUGUCUGGUAGUCUAUUAUGAGUUAAGGCUGCA